AUGGCAGAUACAGCAGUAGCUUCCGAAACUCCCGCUCCGGCGACUCCGGCGAAAAAACCGAAGGCCGCCGCUACUGCAGCAGGUGGUGCAAAGAAGCCCAAGGCGAAACCCACUCAUCCGAAGACUUCCGAAAUGGUCACCAGCGCAAUUAAAGAGCUGAAAGAGCGCAGUGGAUCAUCUUUGCAAGCGAUAAAAAAAUAUAUUGCCGCUCAAUAUAAAGUCGACGCUGAAAAACUAGCUCCGUUCAUCAGAAAGUACCUGAAGAGCGCAGUCGAAUCGGGUGCGCUUAUACAGACAAAGGGCAAGGGGGCUUCCGGUUCCUUUAAGCUUGAAUCAAAAUCGUCCGCCUCUAAGAAACCGUCGACGGGUAAGAGCAGCGGUGGCGCAAAGAGCGGCGCGUCCGCCGCUAGCUCGGUGUCGGCGAAGGUGAAGAAGAGCACCGCCGCGGGUAAGGGUAAAAAGGCAGCAUCGGCAGCGACCGCAUCAUCACCGUCUAAGACAAAACCGUCUGCAGCUACCAAGGACAAGAAGGCGGCCGCCGCGAAAAAGAAGCCGGCAGCCGCAAGAAAAUCCGCAACCGCUGGCCAAAGCGGCGUUUCUAAGGCGAAAGGCGCCGCUUCGAAGGCGAAAAAGAGCGCCAAACCACCGACAAAGAAACCUAAGGCUCCAAAACCGAAGAAGGCGGCAACACCCAAAUCGAAGCCUUCCGCGGCGGCAUCGAAGAAGGCAGCCGCUUCUAAAAAGUAA